UCUCACUAUUAUAUUAUAAUUUAUUACAAAUUUAACUAUUUUGAACAAAUAACCAAGUUAUAACAGAAAAAAAAUAUAACUAGCACAACAAAAAAGCAAUAUGACCCUUAGAGGCAUAAACAAUCGCAAAAUCGUUAAUAUAUUGUUUUCUAAAUCAUUACGACUGCUUUCGACUUCAUCAUCGAAUACGAGUUCUUAUAGUACUUUGGCAUCAACAAAAUUAAUAAUUGCAUUUCGCAAGGAGUUCUAUUAUUUACGAAAUAACAAAAUACUUUCCUAUCUGUCAGUGAUAUUUUUAAAACAAUGUGCUUUAAAACAAAAUAAAUAUUAUUACUAUAAUGGCGAAAAUCACAGAAAUGGAUUUUAUAAUUUAACUCGAAGAUAACCCCAACUUAAACGCGAAGCCAGAAAAGAAGAAUCUCAAAAAUGUUCGCCAACACGUUAGACUUCGUUUGCGACUACUGCUCAAGAACUUUUACAAGGAAAUAUAAUCUGCAAACACACAUAGAAAACUGCCAUAUCAACUCGUCAUGUCGAUGUGAGAUUUGUGGACAGAACUUCGGCAGUUUGGCGGGCGUACAACAGCAUAUGUCAAGAGGACAUAACAACUACAACCAGCCUUUCCCAGAGUGCGAAUUAUGCGGGCGCAUCUUCACCAGAAAACAGAAUAUAGUGUCCCAUAUGAUCACCGUGCAUUUACAAGGAUUAGGCUUCGAGAUCCGAUGUCGGUUGUGCGAGAAAACAUUCACAACAGAACGCAAUUUGAAACGGCAUAUGAAUCAGUUACAUAACCCGGACGUUGAAUACCCCACGUGCAAUGAUUGCAACAAAAUAUUCAGAGGCAAACAGUCUUUAAUAGCACAUAUACAAUCUGUGCAUAAUUCCGUCGAAAGAGAUGUUGUCAAAUGCCAUUUAUGCGAAAAAGUAUACACGAAUAACCGGAAUUUGAAAAGACAUAUCGAAAUGUUUCACGGUGAAAAAGGGGAAUUCAAAUGCGACAUUUGUCCAAAGGUUUACACGUCCAAUCAAAGUUUACGGCGUCAUGCUCGAACAAGGCACAGUUCGGACAACCAGGAGCAUUUAACUUGCAGUUAUUGCUGCAAAGUUAUUAUAGGGAGAGAUAAUUACGACUCCCAUAUACAAUUUCACCACCAAACUUCCGAACUUGAGUCUCGGAACGCGGAAUAUCAAUGCGAAUCUUGCGAUAAAUCAUUCGAUGACGAACCUUCUUUGAGACGACACGUUAAAGUAGAACAUUCUUUUAAAUCCUUUUAUAAAUACUGCAAAAAGUCCUUAUUAAAACAAUAUGGAAUGGAUUCACAUAACAUAUAUUCCUGCGAGUUCUGCGAGAAUUCGUUUUUGACAGUAUACGAGCUAAAAAAUCACAUGCGAGUCAAUCAUGAUACCGAAUACUCGCUAUCAACUUGCAACGUGUGUUUCAACAAGUUUUUCAGCAAAGAGACCAUGACUGCGCAUAAAACCGUUUGCCUUCCACCUCCGAACGUGAACUCCUGCGACCAUUGCGACAAAUUAUUCACAGACAUCUCAAGUUUAGAGUUCCAUACGCGGAUUUUUCAUCCGCAAGCCCAAAUCGCAGAUUCGAACAUAUCUUCGACUAAUAUCGACGAAGAUUCGAUUUCCUUUAAGUGUAAGCACUGUGAUAGGAUCUACUACAGCGAUCGGUCUUUAAAACACCAUAUAAAGUUGAAACACACCACAGAUGAGGAGGUGGAAUGUGAACUUUGCGGCAAAAUCUGCAGCAACAAAUAUUAUUUGGCCUCCCAUAUCAAAAUCGUGCAUAAUAAUGAUUCGUGGUCCCGAUGUGAAUACUGCGACAAGCAAUUCAAAUCUAAAAGAAAUAUUAGACGCCAUGUUGAGUAUACGCAUUUAGGGAUGCAAAGACAUAAGUGUAUUGAAUGCGAAACGUUGUUUAAAGAAAAAAGGAGUUUACGAAAACAUGUGAGAACUAAGCACCCAAACUCAACGGCGUUCCCUCAAUGUCAUAUCUGCCAAAAACGGUUCGAAUCGGCAAAAUCUUGCAAGAUACACCUUAAGUUAUUACACUCUUUUAACAUGAAUACUUUUCCAUGCCAUUUAUGCUCCGUUUCUUUCAGCAGUAACGAAGCUUUGACUAUACAUUUGCAAACAAAGCACUUGGCGGAAGACCAGAUUUAUAAAUGCGAAGAAUGCAACUUAGUUUUUAAAGGUCAGGAAAAGUUUGACGCUCAUAACGAAGAAUGCCACGUGAAUUUGGUGCCAAAUAUUAAGCAAAAGGUCUUACCGCGAUGCAUAUUAUGUAUGAAAGACUUUAGCACGAGGAAAACUUUGAAGCGUCAUAUAAAGAAGUUCCACACAGACUUUGAUGUCGAUGAGCUGGCCACUUUCGGUUCUCGCAGAAGAAUUUUCGCGGUCGACUGCGAAAAUUGCAUCAAACAAUUCAACGAUGAGUUUUACAUCGAUAUCCAUAACAAACUAAAGCACUUGAGAGAUUCAAUUAUUUUUAAAUGCGAGUAUUGUUUAGAGUCAUACAAUUCUCUGGAGUUCGCAAUACAGAGGCACAAGGUCCUCAAUUCUGAUCUAUCGAAGAGUAAAAUGAUUUUGAGUGAGUUGUGUACUGCGGAAAUGAGCGAAGAUGACAACGAGCUCGCCAAUUUUGGCGCGUUCCACGAUAUGCUUCCGGAAAGUACCACGUUGGAUGUUAAAAUGGAGUUACAUGAUCUCACUGAGACUGACAUUAAAAUGGAGCCUCCUUCGCCGUAGAUAACGCAUGGGCAUUGUGCUACUCCUCUGGUAUAGCGGGUAUCAAUGGCUGAAGUUAAUCAUUUACCAUCUGGUGAUUCGUCUGGUUGUUUAUCCCUUAAAAAAAGUAGUGGAUUAUGAGUCUCCUCUACAUAAGAGCGUUUGCCAUAAUCUCCGCAGGCAGGCGGGUUGGGGAUCGCAGUAUACAAGGUUCAGGUUUAUCAGAGAGCGCCAAUAAUUGAACUGAAGAAAGUGCGCAGAAGUUAUGCUAAAUGAAUCAAUAAAACCAAGUAUAUCUAAGUUAUGUUUUUAUAGUCGCAGGUUCGAUGUCUAUGUUCUAAAUUUUAUAUUAUCAACUGUUUGGUUAGUGGUCAGGACAGGUCGUUCGAUUUCUGUUUCAAUCAAAGUAUUAUAAUCUCGUUUACUUUUUAUAUGACUUGAAGUUACAUAUUAGUAUAAGUUAUAAGCAAACACAAUCAAUCAAGUCAUUUAGUAUGCAGGUAAGAAUAAAGAUUGAUUCAGUACAGAGACAGUAACUAUAGUUAUACUUCUUUUUUUU